CUACUCUACUCUGCUCUGUCUACUACUAAUGCCUCUGUCACAUGCUAAUCCCAUACAAGACCAACCACACCCAACUCCCUCCCUCCCCUCAACCAACACACCCAAUCACCCAUACACCAUACGACCAUGGCACAGGUCCAACAGCCUCACCAAGACCAGCAGCCUCAUGCAAAGUACAACUUCGUCCACCAUGUCACCUCCCUCCCCCUCGUCCACGACACGCUCGACCAGGCAAAACGCAUCCCCAUGGCAAAAGGCGCAGGCAAACUCGUCAGCAACGUCUCAAAGACCGCUCUCGCCUACGCUAAACCCAUCGAACCCUACCUAGAGCGCGCAGACCACUACGCAGACCAACAGCUCAGCAACCUCGAGCAGAAAUACCCACUCGUCAAGGCACCCACCCAAGAAAUCAGGGACAAGACAAGUGGCGCCGCAAAGACAACCGUCGAUACCUACGUCGGUGCAGUCACAGACAAGUUCUCAGGCGUCAAUGGACACCACCUCAAGCAGCAAGCCAAGGAAGGCAAAGACGCAGCCAUUCCUGCCCUCAAUGCGCGCGUCGAUGCAGUGUGCAAGCCAGUCCUCGAUCUCGUCGAAGACCUCCUCGAUACCUACCUCCCAAAACAAAAGCGCCAGGCAAAAGAAGCAGCCGAGAAGACUGAGGGAAAAGUAAGCGAGGCACAAGAACAAGCCAAAUCCACCGUGCUUCGCGUGUAUGACUUGUCCACCAGCUUGAUGGACCGAUCCCUCAACAAGGCAAAACAGACUGCCCAUGCUGCUGGACACACCGUCCACACAGCCGCUGACUAUGCACGCUGGAGUGUGCAACACCCAACGCAAGUCCCAGGCGCUGCCUACGAGACUGCUAGUGCGCGUGUCCAUGACUUGCGUGAACGUGUGGAUGGAACCUUGGAUGUCACGCGAUCGCGCGUCCACCACGUCUCGGAACUCGUUCAGCAAGCCAAGCAAGAGACGGUGCGUGUGUACCAAGACACACAGAAGCAUGCACCUGAAGGACAACCGAAACGACUCGUCUGGACCACCAUCAGUACUUCGCUCACCCUCAUGAAUGAAGCCAUCUCCUAUGCUGCACAAGUCAUCAAGGAACAAGCAGACGAAGCACGCAAACAGAGUGAUGUCCUGGACAAAGCUGCAAAGAAGACAGAACACGCUGCAGACAAGGCAGGAGAGCAUGUGGACACGGCAAAGGACAAGGCAAAGGAGGUCGGCGAGCAGGCACACGAACAGGUCGGCAAGCCAGCAAAGAAGCAAGGACACAAGGCCAAGGAGCACGCUGAGGAGCAAGUCAGUCAGUCUGCUGAUCAAGUCAAGCAUGCUGCCGACCAAGCCAAGCAGUGAUUGCUUGUUGACCCUCUUUUUCAUCUCUCUUCACGCAGUUUUAGCAGUACAGACGUCGCGAUUACACCGUAUAG